AAGGCUUAAGGCCUUUGUCGACCCGGGGAGAAUUUUUUAAAGAGCUGCUGCGAGACUUUUUGUAUUGUGAGGGGCGAGCUGGUUGGGAGGAGACGUGAGACGGGGCAGGUACUUCGAGCUCCCGGAGGCUUUUCCUCUCAAGACAGGCGGCUGGGUGAAAGCUGCAGGCAUGGAGGAGCUGCGGAAGAGGGCACUACUGUAGGGCUCCGGAGCUGCUGGAUAGCCAGAGACGCUGGGAGCUGGCAGGGUUCCGGAGAUCUCUCCGUCUCCUGUUCUAAUCAAAACCGAGCGGGGCUUUAAACAUCUGAGUGGGCGCGUUUCAGGCUCGGCCACUUCGGUAGUGUUAGCCUGUGUGUGGCUGGAGGCGGGCGAAGACCGUCUGUCCGAUCCUGAUUGGGUUCGCCAGGAAGUAAGCCUGACUGUGGGCCGCUGCAAAUUCAGAAUCGCAGUUGGGUUUACUUCCGAGGAAACGCCGUCGAGGGUAGGACGCCAGGUCGGAUGCGGCGCCAGGCAACUUGGCGAAAUGCAAGAGGUGGCGAGUGGGUGUUGGGCGUGACAGAGGGUGAAAUUAGAUGCUACUGUGAUGCUGCACACUGUGUUGCAACAGGCUAUAUGUGCAAAUCUGAGCUCAAUGCUUGCUUCUCUAGACUGCUUGACCCACAGAACAGCCAUUCCCCGCUUACUCAUGGCUGCUUGGACUCUCUUGCAAGCACAUCAGACAUAUGUCAAGCGAAACAGAACCGAAACCACUCUGGUGCUACCAUACCCACGCUGGAGUGUUGUCAUGAAGAUAUGUGCAAUUACAGAGGGCUGUAUGAUGUUCUCUCUCCUUCCAGAGGGGAGCCUUCGGGACAAGGGAGCAGAUACCAGCAUGAGAACAGCAGAAACCUCAUUACUAAGGUUCAGGAGCUGACUUCCUCAAAAGAACUGUGGUUCAGGGCAGCUGUCAUUGCUGUCCCCAUAGCUGGUGGGCUGAUAUUGGUGCUUCUCAUCAUGCUAGCUCUGCGCAUGCUCAGGAGUGAGAACAAAAGACUGCAAGACCAGCGGCAGCAAAUGCUCUCCCGAUUGCACUACAGCUUCCAUGGGCAUCAUUCCAAAAAGGGACAGGUUGCCAAGCUAGACUUGGAAUGCAUGGUGCCAGUAACAGGCCAUGAGAACUGCUGCAUGACCUGUGACAAGAUGAGGCAGCCGGACCUCAGUAAUGACAAAAUCCUUUCACUAGUCCACUGGGGAAUGUAUGGAGGGCAUGGAAAGUUGGAAUUUGUGUGAUCACGCCAUUUUUUUUUUUUACAUACAUAUGUUUUAAAAAAUUGUUCUUAAAAUUACUAGGAAAACUUUGCGAGGCCUUUGGGUUCUGCUGGACAGGAGCACUUUAUAUGGGGAAAGCCUACAGUCAUUAAUCAUUUUUAAGAAAACAAAGGACCUCUGCAUAAUGAACCUUGGAUAUGUCUUCUGAAGGAUUCAAAAGUUUUUGCACAGAGUAAACACAUUCACAUGUAUUUUUUUGCUUUAAACUUAUGAAAGCAAAACUGAGAAGUUAUACACACUGUUACCAGGGUUGUCUGAGCUGUAGGGAAGUGGAAAUUUGAGUUAUACUAUUAAACUGUAUGCAAGUUCUGAUGUAAAGAUUUUUAAAAUAUAUAUAAUUAUAUAUAUAUAUAUUUUGUCUGAAA